AUGCUGCCUGUCGUGUUUGCAGGGGGAACCCAGGUCCUCAAUCGGAAGGAGCUCUGGGCUGCCAAGAGAGUCUUCUUCCUCACGCCGCAGGUCAUGGUGAACGACCUCUCCCGGGGAACCUGUCCUGCUGUGGACAUCAAGUGUUUGGUCGUGGACGAAGCCCACAAAGCCCUGGGCAAUCACGCCUACUGCCAGGUCGUGAAGGAGCUAAGCAAAUACACGAACCAGUUUCGGAUCUUGGCCCUGAGCGCCACGCCAGGCAGCGAUGCCAAGGCCGUGCAGCAGGUUGUUUCCAACCUGCUCAUUGCGAAGAUAGAGCUGUGCUCUGAGGACUCUCCAGAGAUUCAGCCUUAUUCUCAUGAACGGCGUGUUGAAAAAAUUGUUGUUCCACUUGGCGAAGAAUUAGUAGAAAUUCAGAGCGCUUACAUCCGAGUGCUAGAAACAUUUGCUGGCCGCCUGAUUAAAAUAGGAGUUUUAGCGAGGCGGGAGAUUCCCAGCCUUACGAAGUAUCAGAUAAUUCUAGCAAGGGACCAAUUUAGAAAAAACCCUUCUUCACAAAAUGCGGGAAUGCUGCAAGGCACAAUUGAAGGAGAUUUUGCACUUUGUAUUAGUUUAUAUCAUGGUUAUGAGCUACUGCUGCAGAUGGGGUUACGAUCAUUAUUUAUCUACCUUUGUGGAAUUAUGGAUGGAUCAAAAGGAUUAAGUCGUACAAGAAACGAACUUGGCCGCAACGAGGACUUCCUGCAGCUGUACCAACAGCUCAGGGACAUGUUUGCAGACGCGUCCCUGACUGCAGCAAACGGGGGUCUGCGCAAGGACGGCCCAGUCAUUCUAGCGACCUUCAAAUGA